AUGGAUCCAUUUGUGGUGCUGGUGCUCUGUCUCCCCUGUUUGCUUCUCCUUUCACUCUGGAGACAGAGUUCUGUGAGAGGGAAGCUCCCACCGGGCCCCACUCCUCUCCCCAUUAUUGGAAAUAUCCUACAGAUAGAUGUUAAGGACAUCAGCAAAUCCUUAAGCAAUUUCUCAAAAGUCUAUGGCCCUGUGUUCACUGUGUAUUUUGGCCUGAAGCCCGUUGUGGUGUUGCAUGGAUAUGAAGCAGUGAAGGAAGGCCUGAUUGAUAUGGGAGAGGAAUUUUCUGGAAGAGGCGUUUUACCAGCAGUUGAAAGAGCUAAUAAAGGACAUGGACUCGUUUUCAGCAAUGGAAAGACAUGGAAAGUUAUCCGACGCUUCUCAGUCAUGACCUUGCGGAUUAUUGGGAUGGGGAAGAGGAGCAUUGAGGACCGUGUUCAAGAGGAAGCCCGCUGCCUUGUGGAGGAGCUGAGGAAAACCAAGUCUUCACCUUGUGAUCCCACUUUUAUCCUGAGCUGUGCUCCGUGCAAUGUGAUCUGCUCCAUUAUUUUCCAGAAUCGUUUUGAUUAUAAAGAUCAUAAUUUUCUUGAUUUGAUGGAAAAACUGAAUGAUAAUGUCAGGAUUUUGAGCUCCUCAUGGAUGCAGGUCUGCAAUAGUUUUCCUCCUCUCAUUGAUUAUUUCCCAGGGACUCAUAAAACAUUACUUAAAAAUAUUGCUCAUACAAAAAGUUAUAUUUUGGAGAGAGUAAAAGAACACCAAGAAUCACUGGAUAUUAACAAUCCUCGGGACUUCAUUGAUUAUUUCCUGAUCAAAAUGGAGCAG